AUGGUCGGAAGUAAUAAGUCGGGAUGGAAAACGAACACAGGCGAGAAGGCCAAGACGGAGAACACUGACGUAGGGGAUCGAAAGGAAGCAGUUCGAAAGCAGGAAAGUGCACGCGAAACGCCCCAGUGCGUAUUGGGAAAGCCAUGUGCCGAGUUCGUGCUCGGUAGCUUCACCGAGGACUACAACGGCGAGGCGUCUGACCUUGAAAAUAUAUCACCUUCGUAA